AUGCUUCGACAAGAUGAGGGUCCAUUACGAGCUGCUGCUCACCUCACAGUAAUCGUGGCACCGGAAACCAUCCUCUUCACUAAUUACCAAUCUGGGACCGUUGUCGAUGUGAACGAAGAGAUUCCACUCAAUCUCACUUGUGAAGCACCCAACGCCAAGCCGGAAGCCGCCAUCACUUGGUACAUCAACGGGAGGAAAAUUGAGGAAGGUGUUCAACGUUGGGCAAGUUAUAAUCCCAACAAGACAGUAACGAGUUAUGCCGCGUUACAAUGGCGUCCAAAUAUUUUAUGUGGCCGAAAACCCAUCAAAUACCUCCGAAACGUUUCAGAUCCACCCGACCGGCCACAAGUUUCAAUGCUGAACGGUGAUUCAUACGUGCGAGCAGGUGAUAAUGUGACAUUGGCAUGCGUAGCAGUGGGUGGUAAUCCACCACCCGAUGUCUCAUGGUAUCUCAAAGAUCGUCUCCUGAGUUCGCGAUAUCACUACGAUCUCCAGUCACAGGUAAAAGCAUAUUGCGUUUUGGCCGAGGCUCAAAACCACCACAUGUGGUCUGAGUAG